UACUAUUUUUUUUAUUUUAUUUUAUUUCUAUUAUUUCCUUUUCGUUUCUAUAAAAUUUCGUUUCCUUUUAUUCUAUAAAGAAUCCAUCUCCUCUGUAUCUCUGCUCUUCACCUUCCUCUAUUCCCCAUUCUCUACUUCAGAAUUUCGACUUUUCGCUCUUUCUCAUUCCAUCGUGUGUUCGAGUUGUUCGGUGACGAACGGUCCUCAUAGUCAUGGCUGAGAAUUUAGACGACGGCGAGUUUUGGCUUCCUCCUCAGUUUCUUGUUGACGAUGAUAACAUGUUAGACCAAAAGGCUUGUGCUACCAACAAGAACAAUCACCAAAACCGCCUGGGUUCAAGUCCUUUCCAACUUGGAUGGGCUUCUUUUCCGUUCGAGUUCGGGACUUUUGGUGGAUUUUCGGAUUUCGGUUCUUCUGGUGAAUCGUUGAGGGGUUCAAGCGAGACUGAGAGUGAUGAGGAGGAUUCUGUCGCUGGCUUGACUCUUCGUAUGACUCGCUCAACAAUUGACGAUACAAUGGUUUUGCCUAGAUCUCCACAGUCGACUCUCUGCGAUAUGGGGAGUGGAAGUGGUUGCAGUCAAGUUUCUAGUCGUGGAAGUCCAAAAGGCAAUUGUAAGGCUCAAUCUCCUCCGGCUACAUGGGAUCUGUUGCAUGCGGCUGCAGAGGAAGUUGCGAGGAUGCGAAUCAAUGAGAGCCAUGGGGUUCUGCAUCAGAACAGGGGAACACCUCAAGUCUCUGUUCCGGUGAAAAACUCGGGCACCGGUACCGGGUUUUACCAGCAGUUUCAGGCUCUGCAAUUUCAGCACCUGCAACACAAGGAAAUUAUUCAGCGACAAAACUUGACUGUCGGCGAGCAGAUAAAUUCUCCUGCAGUGUAUCAACAGCUACAGAUCCAUCAAAUGGUUCAGAAUGGAGUGAGGGGCUAUAGGGGAUUUUCGUCACCUGCAUGGCUUCCACCGCCGCAGGGCUCUGGAAUGAGGACUCUGUUUCUCGGAACUCAAGGAGGCAAAAGAGAAUGCGCUGGAACUGGUGUCUUUUUACCUCGACAUACCACCACUCAAUCUGAGCAACGCAGAAAGCCAGCCUGUUCUACGGUGUUGGUUCCUGCAAGAGUGAUGCAAGCCCUGAAUCUCAACUAUGACGACAUUUGCAAUCAGCCCCAUCUUCACCCCGUGGCUGGCGGACGAUUCGAUUCAAAGAAUGACGUUCUGUUGAGGUUGGAAAUGAACCGUGGUGGAAAUUAUAAAAAAUACAACAGUCGUCGGGGGUCACCAACAGAGCAUGAAAUCAAGCUUCCACAAGAAUGGACUUACUGAAGUCAGACCGUGUCUCGUAUGGAAGAAAGUAUAUAGAAAGGUUUUAGGAGAAUUGUUAUGGAAUUUGAUGAAAUGUAGUUUUGAAUAGUAACAUUACCAAAUUAAGAAAAGAAAAAGAAAGAUGAAGAUAUAUGAUUUGUGGUUAGAUUUAGAAAGAAUAAGAGUUUUGGUCUUCCAAUUAGGAAGAGAAUUGCUAGGGCUAGCUAGCAACUAUAAGAAGGUAUAACAAGUUUUUUUGUUCUUUGUUGGGUGAGGGACUGUGAUGACUCACUCAAAACUGAUGAACAAGGGUAGAUGGAAAAAUAAAUGUAUUUUCCAUCUCUUUUGUGUCAAUAAAUUGUUUUAGAAGCCA